AUGAGAUCCGCUGAAAUACCUGAAUACCUACGAGCUUCGCUGGUUGGGGGAGUGUUUGACCGGAGAAGCUCCGAAGGCGACGAGAAGACGGCGGAAGUGUGCGAGAUGCCGAGCCUGACCACGUCGAGCCCCGGGCCGGGCCCGGAGGAGUUGCGCUAUGGGGACGUGGCGCUGUCGGCGUCGUCGGCCGCCUCCUCGGCCCAGGUGUCCCCGAAUGCGGCCGCCAAGCAGAAUGCGGCCGAGCCAGAGUCCGAGCAGCGCCACGACGACUGCGCCUCUGACGCCGAGUCGGAGCGACGGGACGAGUCGACUGGUCUGGGCGGUGGCGGCGGUGGGGACGGUUCUGUGGCGGAGACGGCGCCAAUGCCCCCGACGUCGGUGGGCGUCAUGCCGACCAUGAUGCCCGGCACGGUCAUGUAUCCCGAGUGGGGCGACGAGUACUUAGUGAAUGGCGGCUACAGCGUGAGUCCGACGGCGUACAUGAGCAUGGGCUAUGCCAACGGCGCCGCACAGCGUCGACAGACGCCCACGUCCAACAUUGCGCCGGGCAGCCCGAGUCCCGGCGGCGGUCUGUUGUCGCCGUCCAAGGCCGUGGCGUAUAAUCCAUGGCCGGCGAUGCAACAGCAAUCCACGUGGUCGCCGCCGGGCGGGCCACAUUUGGGCCUGCCGAUUUGGAACCAGGCGCAUUUGCAGCAGCAGCAGCGAGGUCGGGCCAUGCCGAGCAUGAGUCCGUCGUCGCCCAUGACGCAGAAUUCGUAUGCGUUGGCUGCUGCGGCCCGGGGCAAGUAUUCCACGCCACCCGGCAUCCCUGCGUCCACGGCCGGCAUGGCCCCGUAUGCUGCCGCUGCUGCUGCCGUCGUCCAGAACUCCACCAAAUGGCCAUCGUAUCAGACGGAACAUGCGGAAGCAUCCCAGUCCGGAAGUGGACGCGGUUGCAAAUGGGUGUCCAUUGCGGGCGCUGUUGUAAGGAGGAAAAAUAGAAGCGUUGGGGUCAUAUCGCGGAAAAUGUGGGCACUCUUCGCCGAGAUGGAAUUGCGGAGUAAGUGGUGUUCUAGUGACGCGGUCGCCCACAGCACCGGCUUGAGCUGGGAGGCAUUUGGUCCGGAGGGUGGUGGCGAGGCGACGACGAAGAAGAAGAAGAGGAAGAAGGCAGCGGCUGUUGCGGGGUUUCGGCGUCGGCCGAGGAGGUUUCUCUUCAUGCCUUCUCUGGGUUAUUCCUUGCGAGAGUUCCCCCCCCCCCCACCCCCAUUCCUUGGCGGGGUCGCGGGAUCAAUAAGACUGGGUUUGAUGGACGCGGCUGGAGGGAGGCGCGAACUCUGGUUGCCAGAUUCUAGUUAUUUUACAAACAAACUGAUGUACCCUACUCUACACAACAUACAAUACCGAACAGACUACACUACACUACCAACCAUUGUUCAGCCACACCUGGGCAAUGAAACGCGUGAUCAGGGCGAUGAGAAAGUCAUGUUGAAGAAAUUGCCAGUGGUGAACGACGUGGAGAAUGGAAUGAAGUCAGUUCGUUUGAGGUUUGUGACGAAUGUAGAGAGCUGCACGGAUGUUCAUGGGAUUUUAUUCUUGGAAACAACGAAAAACAUUAGGAUUAAAUCCGUCUGUUACAGCCCUUGGACUGGGCUCGAACGAGGCACAAAAAGCGUUGUUCUAGAAAAGAAAGCAAGGUACAGUACUAUACCGAGUCCACCUACGUGGACUUGGGUAGAUACCCAAGAGGGAGGUUUGUCAACUGCUGCCAAGUCAGUGGUGCGACCCAUAAAAAUGAAAGAAAAGAAAAGGAAAGGUUGGAACCCCCCGGACUGGGAAACGAUGCCGUCGAUUUCACAGCCAGCCCUGGAACUGCUGCCCUAA